UGUUCUGAGGGGUUUACGGUAUUUGAAAAUACUGGCUCUUGUAUUCCAGUACUUUCGACAUAUGCAAUAAUGAGCUCACUACCGGUCUCUUCGGCUUCGCUGUGACAAGCAUGGCUGACACUGGUCUUGUAGAAACACUUCUUCGGCGGGUGGAAAAGGUGGACGGUGGUCUCGACAGUCAGGAUGUUGCGACCAGUCUUGGGGUGGACCACCAAGCCAUCGUCGGAGCUGUGAAGAGCCUACAGGCACUUGGUGAUGUGAGUUUACCUGCCGGUGUUGAAGCGGAAGUUAAGAGACCGUCCACUGACUGUGUUCAUUCGGCAGACUAGGACAGGUGACGCUUAAACCGACUAACAAAAACUUAAAACUGACCCUUACCUUAACCAAACCCUUAACCCCAACCUCAUUUUAAUUCUGAAAUUAAAUAUUGGUUUGGGAGUCAAGCGUGUCCAUAUAGCCCUUUCAUGUUCAUUCGAUGAUGAUGGGCGAUUGGAUAGGAAAGUGAUGCAAUAGGGACGUAAACGGGAUCAUGUUAGCCAGCUAGUUAGCAACCUUCUAUUGUGAAGAAUAAAUAAUUGUAGAUCAUGAAUAUAUAUAACAUUUAGCUACCCUUAUUGAAUACAGUCACAAUGCUAUUACAGACUUGCGUCCCUGUCAAGAGACACAGGGCAAUCCAAUCCAAUCCAACAAUGCAAUGGUGACUACAAUCCAAUGCAGUGGUGACUGUUCAGUCUGACUUUUCCACUGCACUGCUAGUCAGCAGACUUGACCAAAAACUGUUAGACAUCUUCAAUAUGUAGACAUUUGCCUUAAUGAUGAUUCAAUAAAAGCUAUCUACCAACGUCUGAUACGCCUAGCUGGCUACUACUUGUAUAGGAUGGUAAUUGAAUGUCAACAUUGAGAAAUUCGACUGAGCUAAUAAAUUGGGAGCUGUUAUUGUCACUGGAUGUAAAACAUUUUCCAUGGUAAACGUAUAAUAUGCAGUGAUAGCUAAUUCAUGAUGUGUACACCAGUCAGACCUUGAGAAGAUGAGAAAUGCGUGGUCCUCUGCUUCAAGGCUCCAUUAUGAUUUUGAUCAUGGUUGUUUGUUUCCCUGCGCAGGUUAUCUCAGCUGAGCAGCGCUCCUCGAAGCACUGGGAGCUGACUGGGGAAGGCUGUGAGAUAGCCGAGCAGGGCAGCCAUGAGGCCCGAGUCGUCAGCUCCAUCCCAGAGGAAGGGAUGCCUCAGAGCCAGCUCAUGGUGAGAGGACCUGCAGGGUGCCUGGAUAAAUAUAUACCAUGAUGUUGUUGUGAUGUUUAUUUGGAUGAAAAACAUAAUGUAAUGAAAGUUGAGCUUUACAUUGUGAUUUUGGGUCAUAGCAAUACAGUAUAUGCUCUCUACUUGGAGCAUGGAGGCAGUGUUUACGGAUUGUUUUGUCUCUGUCUGUUUAGAAACUAGCCUUUGGGAAGGUGGGUUUCAGCAAGGCCAUGUCCAACAAGUGGAUCCGUCUGGACAAAGGCCACGAGGGCGGCCCCAGGAUCUUCAAGACUGUGAGUUUAUCUUCACAUCUGACUAGGUGUGCUUUGUGAUUGAGUGUUGCUUUUAUAAUGGAGAAAAUAAGUAUGACACACACAAACAUCAAUCUCGUGUGUGGUGUGUGUGCGCGCGCGUGUGUGUGUGUGUACCCAGGUGGAGAGCUUAGAGGACUUGGUGAGGGACAAGUUGCUCCUGGUACAGAAAGGCCAGGCGUCUCAAUUGGAGGAGAAGGAGAAGAAUGAGCUGAAGAAACGCAAACUGCUCUCUGAAGUGUAAGAAUCAGACCUGUUGAUAAUAUUUGACUACUGUGAAAAGUAUGUGAAAUGUUAAAUAUAGGCCUAACUGAUAUCUACCAGUAGAUGGCAAUAGAUGGCAUUCAGCAGUACAACACUGUGUUCACUCAUCUGGCAUCCAGGCAUGUUCAGGAUGCCCCAGUCACAACUAGCCUCAGCAUAGUCCAGCUGGAACUUCAUACACACUCCUAUUUCAGCUUAUUAAUCAUGCUGAUGAUGUUCUCUGACUUGUUGACCCCUAAAUCUUUAGUUGAAUAACAGCUGAGAAAUUAUAUAAAUAUAAGAUUUGGAUUAGAAUAUAAAUUCUGUCUUACAUCAUAGUUACAUCCUACUUACAUAAUAUUCACAGAUCAGAUGUGAGUCAAUGUUGUCAUCUUGUCUGAGUCGAGAUGUCUAGUUCACCCAAUGAUACAGUUGAAGUCAGAAGUUUACAUACACCUUAGACAAAUACAUUUAAACUCAGUUUUUCACAAUUCCUGACAUUUAAUCCUAGUAAAGAUUCCCUGUUUUAGGUCAGUUAGGAUCACCACUUUAUUUUAAGAAUGUGAAAUGUCAGAAUAAUACUAGAGAGAAUGAUUUAUUUCAGCUUUUAUUUCUUUCAUCACAUUCCCAGUGGGUCAGAAGCUUACAUACACUCAAUUCGUAUUUGGUAGCAUUGCCUUUAAAUCCUUUAACUUGGGUCAAAUGUUUUGGGUAGCCUUCCACAAGCUUCCCACAAUAAGUUGGGUGAAUUUUGGCCCAUUCCUUCUGACAGAGCUGGUGUAACUGAGUCAGGUUUGUAGGCCUCCUUGCUCGCGCACACUUUUUCAGUUAUGCCCACACAUUUUCUAUAGGAUUGAGGUCAGGGCUUUGUGAUGGCCACUCCAAUACCUUGACUUUGUUGUCCUUAAGCCAUUUUGCCACAACUUUGGAAGUAUGCGUGGGGUCAUUGUCCAUUUGGAAGACCCAUUUGCGACCAAACUUUAACUUCCUGACUGAUGUCUUGAGAUGUUGCUUCAAUAUAUCCACAUAAUUUUCCUUCCUCAUGAUGCCAUCUAUUUUGUGAAGUGCACCAGUCCCUCCUGCAGCAAAGCACCCCCACAGCAUGAUGCUGCCACCCCCGUGCUUCACGGUUGGGAUGGUGUUCUUCGGCUUGCAAGCUGCCCCAUUUUUCCUCCAAACAUCACGAUGGUCAUUAUGGCCAAACAGUUCUAUUUUUGUUUCAUCAGACCAAAAAGUGCUAUCUUUGUCCGCAUGUACAGUUGCAAACCGUAGUCUGGCUUUUUUAUGGCGGUUUUGGAGCAGUGUCUUCUUCCUUGCUGAGCGGCCUUUCAGUUUAUGUCAAUAUAGAACUCGUUUUACUGUGGAUAUAGAUACUUUUGUACCUCUUUCCUCCAGCAUCUUCACAAGGUCCUUUGCUGUUGUUCUGGGAUUGAUUUGCACUUUUCACACCAAAGUACGUUCAUCUCUAGGAGACAGAACGCGUCUCCUUCCUGAGUGGUAUGACGGCUGCGUCGUCCCAUGGUGUUUAUACUUGCGUACUAUUGUUUGUACAGAUGAACGUGGUACCUUCAGGCCUUUGGAAAUUGCUCCCAAGGAUGAACCAGACUUGUGGAGGUCUACUAUUAUUUUUCAGAGGUCUUGGCUGAUUUCAUUUUCCCAUGAUGUCAAGCAAAGAGGCACUGAGUUUGAAGGUAGGCCUUGAAAUACAUCCACAGGUACACCUCCAAUUGACUCAAAUUAUGUCAAUUAGCCUAUCAGAAGCUUCUAAAGCCAUGACAUCAUUUUCUGGAAUUUUCCAAGCUGUUUAAAGGCACAGUCAACUUAGUGUAUGUAAACUUCUGACCCACUUGAAUUGUGAUACAGUGAAUUAUAAGUGAAAUAAUCUGUCUGUAAACAAUUGUUGGAAAAAUUACUUGUGUCAUGCACAAAGUAGAUGUCCUAACUGACUUGCCAAAACUAUAGUUUGUUAACAAGAAUUUGUGGAGUGGUUGAAAAACAAGUUUUAAUGACUCCAACCUAAGUGUAUGUAAACAUCCAACUUCAACUGUAUAUAUACCCUAACCCUGUGUUUAUAUACAAUAUUGAGUUCACCCAAACAGACUACACGAAAAUGUCCACUAAAUGAAUGCACCAGCUAAAAGACCACAAGCACUUUUCUGGGUCCAGUGAGGCAUGAUCCCAGUGGUGAGGUUUAUACUGUACCUGGUGAUAUUAAUGUUGGCUCCGUCACUAGCUCAGGCCAUUGUUCCCCGAGGUAAAUCUCUCUCGGUCUCGCUCUCUCUCUCGUUUGCUCUCUGUAUAUCUGUGCCCUAAAUGGCAUGCUUCCAGUGCCAAGCUUUGUUCGGUUUUAAUAUCACAAAUGGACAGCAGUAUGAGAACUCAACCCUGCGAUGUUCCCCGCGUCCAGAGUUUAGACACCCUGAGCAACAGAUUGUUGAUUGUCUACUUCCUAUUUGCUUAAUAGUGUCCCAAUCCCCAAUGUUCACCAAAAUAAGACCUCUUGUGGCCUUUUGUGACUCAUCUGAUAUAACACAUUCAAAUGACCACAUUUAUGAAGUUUGAAUGAGAAUUAUUGUAUUUAGUAUUUAUUUCUGUGAAUUUUAGGACGGUCAAGUCGUACUGGAUCACUAAGGGCAGCUGUUUCAGCACCACCAUCACCAAGCAGGAGACAGAGCUCACCCCAGAGAUGAUCGCUAGGUGAGUCCUGCUCUGCUUUGCCUUUCCUGUUAAGUUUGUCAUGGUCGCUCUAUGAUUGCUUAGAUGGACUGGGGAUUCCUCAUUCUGUAUCUCUAACCUGGACGCUGCUGCUAAGGACCCUGUCCUAAGGCAAAUGUAUGUUAGCCUAAAGUGGUUAAUUCUCUCACAGUGACGUCUGUGUCAUUUCUAUUCAUAUCACUGCCUGUUCUAGUGAAAUUGGCAGUGUUUUCAUCAGGUACCGCACAUGAUCCAAUUAGUUUUUACCUGGAAACUACAGUCUCUCUCAAAAUGCAGCUGAUCUCUUGACCAAGUCUGGUUUUCAUGUGAUUGUCUGAAACAGUUUGUUAGUUCUCAUACCCCAAAACAGCUUAAUGAAAAUGCACCAUCUCCUGGUCUGCAAUAUCACAUGAGGGGAUUUGUCACAGAACUGAAUUCAGGUGUCCCAAAAAUUAAAUGUGUUUUUGUUUAUUUGCCUCCACGUUUUAUCUGCACACAGACUUUGCUUGUGUUUGGCAUAUACACUCAUUAAUUUGAUGUUCUCUAGAACAUAUUAUAUGUUCUCCUCCAAAUUGACCUUUCUCUGGUCGGUGACAGUGGGAGCUGGAAGGAGAAGAAGUUCAAGCCUUAUAACUUUGAGGCCAUGGGUGUGGCCCCAGACUGUGGCCACCUGCAUCCACUCAUGAAGGUCCGCACGCAGUUCAGACAGAUCUUCCUGGAGAUGGGGUGAGUGUCCUAUCCUCUAUUCUGCCCUUGCAGGACACCAUCAGUAUAUACACACAGUACCCUAUAUCUAAGACCUGUGUGUACUCACUCUUCCUGUCUUCUUCAGCUUCACUGAGAUGCCCACCAACAACUUCAUUGAGAGCUCCUUCUGGAACUUUGACUCCCUGUUCCAGCCCCAGCAGCACCCGGCCAGAGACCAACACGACACCUUCUUCCUGUCUGGUGAGCGACUGGGUUUCUCUGUGUGUCUGGACUUGAUGCCCAGAUAAGAUACAAUGGUGCAUUAUUGAUGAUAUGCUGAAAGGGAAAUGUGAUUUCCCUAGCUAAAACAGACUCUAGAUUUACAUUAGAUAUAACUCACCUGUUUUCAUCAUAUACCAUCAGUAUUAUUUCCAAUUAACUAUUAUAUUUCUCAGACCCAGCUCAGGCCCAUGAGUUUCCCCAGGACUACCUGGAGAGAGUGAGGAAGGUCCAUUCAGAGGGAGGCUUUGGAUCACAGGGGUGAGAGCUAAUCUUCCACACACAUGCAUACGCAUGCAUUUACACGCACACUCACCAUGACCACAACCUGUUCUAUUUUUAACGCUGUCUGUGUUUGACAGGUACAAGUAUGACUGGAAGAUUGAGGAGGCUCAGAAGAACAUCCUCCGUACUCACACCACAGCAGUCAGCGCUCGCAUGCUGUACAAACUCGCUCAGCAGGUAACCCACUAUAUACAUUUUUUUCAUGAAUUAGAAAGCAAUUGCAUGAGGGUGAUGUUACAUUCUAACUGUGCAGCAAUUGAGCAACUUUCCUCUGUAACUAUUUCAAAUGUACAUUUCUCUCUACCAGGAAAAGUUCACCCCUGUCAAGUACUUCUCCAUCGACAGAGUGUUCCGUAAUGAAACUCUGGACGCUACCCACUUGGCAGAGUUUCACCAGAUUGAGGGAGUGGUGGCCGAUUAUGGCCUUACCCUGGGUGACCUCAUGGGCAUCCUUCAUCAGUUCUUCAAUAAACUAGGUGAGGGCUCUACCAGUCAGGGUUGGGGCAAUUCCACAAAUUCAAUUCUAAUGCAAUUAUCUCCCAGGAAAUGUAAUUCAAUUCAAAUUCCAUGUCAGUCUUUGAAUUAAGAGAAAAUUCAAUUCCUCUUAAUUCCAAGAAUUCAAUUCCAAAUGCAAUAUUAUCCCCAACAAUUCCACAAAUUCCAGUUCGAAAUUCAAUUCCUUUAGGCUUUCAGGAUGAUCAUGUCCCUGUUCAGACAGCCUAGCUAUAGUGGAAAUAUCGGAAUACAGAUGGAAGUGAUUCAAAACAAAUCCUACAGUAAGUGUUUCAUAUUAUAUGCAUUAAUUCCAUUAACUGGGAAAUAUUUAAUUCCAAUUCAAUUCCAAAGAUGAAAUGUUUUUACAAUUUCAAUCCAAUUCCAUAACUUGAAGAUUUGUUUUACAUUCGAAUGUAAUUCAACGUACAUUCUCAUGAAUGAGUGAAUUCAAGAAUUGAAUUGGAAUUUCAAAUGAAAUUGGAAUUGACCCCCACCCUCCUACCAGUACCUCAUUUCUUAUUUGAUUAUUAUUAUUAUGUAUUUAUUUUACAGUGGGUUCAGUUGUCUGUACUGAAGUGGCAUCUGAAUGCCUGUAGUCCAACAUGAGCUUAUUUCUCUGUCUGUCAGUUAUAGUAUUUCUGAGAAAGUAAAUAUAUUUUCAAUUUUCUCCAGGAAUCACCAAAUUACGCUUCAAACCUGCCUACAAUCCAUACACCGAGCCGAGCAUGGAAGUGUUCAGCUAUCAUGAAGGUACAGUUCUUGUGAAUAUCCUCAAACCCUGGCAUUUGUCACAUUUGAGUGAUGUGUGUAUAAGCCUUGGGCUUUUGUCUCACUCUCAAACCCAAAAGCCCAUAGAUGAUGCAGUCCUAUCCACACUGAAUCCAUCUUAAUUUGUCCAUUCCUGCUCUCUCCAGGGCUGAAGAAGUGGGUGGAGCUGGGGAACUCUGGGGUGUUCAGGCCAGAGAUGCUGCUGCCUAUGGGGCUCCCUGAGGGGGUGACGGUCAUUGCCUGGGGGCUGUCUCUGGAGAGGUGAGUCAAUGACAAAGAAACACACUGCUCCUGGUGAUGUAAUGGAAUUGACUGACCGACAUUUGUCUAAUACAAGAGUGGCAUUACACAACCCCUUCUGCCUGGCCUGGCCUACCCCACUUCCACUCUCGCUGACCCCUGUCUCUAGCGCUGGGAAGUGCCAGGGACCUCACGAUACAAUAUUAUCACGAUACUUAGGUGCCGAUAUGAUAUGUAUUGCGAUUCUCACCAUUUUCACAAUUCUAUAUCUAUUGCAAUUCGAUACUGCGAUUUUAUGUUCCAAACAUACACUGUGUACAAAACAUUAGGAACACCUGCUCUUUCCAUGACAUAGACUGACCAUGUGAAUCCAGGUGAAAGCUACGAUCCCUUAUUGAUGUCACUUGUUAAAUCAACUUCAAUCAGUGUAAAUGAAGGGGAGGAGACAGGUUAAAGAAGGAUUUUUAAGCCUUGAGACAAUUGAGACAUGGAUUGUGUAUGUGUGCCAUUCAGAGGGUGAAUGGGCAAGACAAAAUAUUUAAGUGCCUUUGAAUGGGGUAUGCCAGGCGCACCGGUUUGUAUCAAGAAAUGCAAUGCUGCUGGGUUUUUCACGGUCAACAGUUUCCCGUGUGUAUCAAGAAUGGUCCACCACCGAAAGGACAUCCAGCCAACUUGACACAACUGUGGAAAGCAUUUAAAGUCAACAUGGGCCAGCAUCCCUGUGGAACGCUUUUGACACCUUGUACAGUCCAUGCCCCGAAGAAUUGAGGCUGUUCUGAUGGCAAAAGGGGGGGUGCAACUCAAUAUUAGGAAGGUGUUCUUAAUGUUUGUUGUACUCCGUGUAUGUCUGCUGCAGAGAGACGAGAGAGCAUGAGAAACUGUUAGUAUACUGGAAUGGGACAUGGGAUUUCAGUAGGAAAAAGUGUCCAUAAUGUGAAAAUACACAAUGUUAUGCCUGUAAUCCCAGUGUGAUUUCCCAUAAAGGGGUUAAAGGUGGACAGUAGUGCGGUGUCUGGUCAGUAUCUGACAUCAUGUCCCCAGAUGUGCAGCCAUGCUUCUAGCACACGCCACCAGUCUGUUGGCCCACAUGUUGACAUGUUUACUUCUGGAUUGUUAUAUCUGAGCAAUGAGCAUAAAACACCAUAUUGCCUAAUGAGCCUAGAAUAAUGGUUUCUUCAAAUGCAGGUCAGAACUGACCAUUUAGAUAUAUUUGUGCUCUACUGCGGGUGCUUGAUCCCUGGUGACACUGAGGAGUUGUAUCUAUGAGAACAAUCACUGCUAAUGGUUAUAGUCAGUGAGCAGGGAGGGACCAUAUCAUCUACUCUGUGUAACCCCCUCCUCCAUCUGCUCUGUCCAUACAGACCUUUUCUCUCUAUUUUGUCUCUAUCCCUGUUUGUCCCCGCUUUCUCUCUGCUCUCUUCUACCUCUCUUUAUAAUGUACUAUGUCAUCUUCCUGACACUCUUUCCUCUGCCCUCCUCUGUCUCCUCCAGGCCCACCAUGAUCAAGUAUGGUAUCAACAACAUCCGUGAGCUGGUGGGACACAAGGUCAACCUACAGAUGGUCUACGACAGCCCUGUGUGUCGACUGGACUCUUAGAUUCUGUUCAGGCUUCCUCUUGGACAGGCUCACAUUACCAUACACAUCCCAUCCAAGGCCUGUGUCAUCAGGACCCCUUUGCUCCCUAGUAACCAUAUGAACACUGAACAAUCCCAUGAACCCUUAAUGUACCCUGGCCAGAGACUGCCAGAGAGACAGAUCUGUCUGUUUGAGAGGGAGGGAAAGAGGACUUACUUUUCUCCUUAUAGCUUGUCUGGGAUGCUAGCUGGAUUAUUGCCAUUGUUUAGCCACGUGAUACACAGGUUAUACUUUAAACCUAUUUUAUGAAACAUAACUCCUCUUUAGUCCUAACCAGCAGCUAUGCAUGUGCUGAGGGGUAGUGCUAGUACUGUUUCCUCUGCUGAUGUGUGCACUACAUCAGAGCAUAAGAAACUUCACCAGUGAGUCUGUUUUUUAAUUUAAAUGUUAGAAAACUGCACAGAGGCUACCUUUUGAGCUCCCAUGGAAUGAAAUGCUUGUACAAUAAAGAUGCUAACUUGAAGCCCUUUAGCCUUCCAUACAAAACCAACCAACUCUGUGCUGUGUCCACUCAGUUCAUGAGACAAAUUAGAAAUGGUCAAAUAAAGAUGUUUGAAAGUACCACGAUUUAUGUUGUCAAUCUAAUGUAAUCACCACUGGUAAUGCUGAGUGUUUGUUAUUCUGCUCUGGCUGUGCUAGGUCCGGUUUUAACCUGUCAGAAUAACAUUCUUGUUCUCCUUGUUGUGGCUGGUGCGUAACGUGGUUUGGCGUGUUGAAUGAUGUGUGACAAGAUUUAACCCAGAGGAUUUAGGAGUUAUUUGUGUCAUUCCAGUGAAUGUGGGAUUACGAAUCACCUUCAUUGCCUCUAAAUCUCAUGUCAUCGUACACAGGGUAGUCUCUUAGCUUUGUGUGUGUACCGUGUGUACAGGAGAUAAUUAGGUUAACACAUUAGAGCACUUUGGUUGUAAGUGUAACCUAAAAUAAUUUGCUAUGGUACUGAAUGGUUUGCAAUGAUACUAAAUAAAGAUUCAAGUCUAUUCCUGUUAGUUUGUUUUAGGCAACGGCACGUUGGAUAUCUUUUUUGCUGGUAGCCUAGUUCAUUCCCAAUCCCUGCAAGAUUCUGAAUAAAUGUGC